CUUCAUGCACAUUAUUAUAGUAUCCCUUCAAGGCUUAACAAUUACAAGAUCACAACACUAACUAACAUGGAUUCUUCUCUGAAAGUUCAGGAGACUCAACUAGUAGAUGUUGUAGAUACACCUGAAGUUGCUCCUUCUCUCAAACCUCAGGAGCCUCAGUUAGUUGCUGAACCUGCGAUUGUUCCUUCUCCGAUAGCUGAGGAGCCCGACAACGAUGUUCCGGCGCCGGGAAACGAGUUUGCUGAGUUCGCCGCAGGUUGUUUCUGGGGAGUUGAGCUUGCUUUCCAGAGGGUCCCUGGCGUGAAUAUGACUGAGGUUGGUUACACUCAGGGGAUCUCACACAACCCUUGUUACAAGGAUGUCUGUACGAACACCACGAACCAUGCAGAGGUUGUUAGAGUUCAGUAUGAUCCCAAGGAAUGCACUUAUGAGACGCUUCUUGAUUUGUUCUGGUCUAGGCAUGAUCCCACCACCUUGAAUCGUCAGGGAAAUCUUCUGGGAGCACAAUACCGAUCAGGUAUAUACUUCUACACACCUGAGCAAGAGAAGCAAGCACGUGACUCUCUAGAGAAACAGCAGACUAAAUUGGAGGACAAGAUUGUGACUGAGAUCUUACCGGCUAAGAAAUUCUACAAAGCUGAAGAAUACCAUCAACAGUACCUCGUCAAAGGCGGGGGGUCUGGCAACGCGCAAUCCCCUGCAAAGAGCUGCAAGGACCCUAUCCGCUGCUUCGGCUAAUCAAGAAGUCUUUGUUCCUCUGCUCUCAAAACAGAGGAUUCUCACCUGAGAGUUUUUAUAUAUAAGCAUUCGUCGUAUAUAUAUGGAUUGCAAAGCGUUUCUUUCUUGUACUGUUUAUGAUAAGCACUAUCUUUCUUGUUGGAUGUGAGUCUGGCUUAGCAUUGUCUUACCUCUAUGGACAGAGAACGAUACUCAUGUGCAAAAUUACUGCUUGUUUUGUUAGCUUAUUAUAUAGUCAAGUUGUCUC